UUUAAGCAAUUUGAAAUAGGACGGUUUCUUCUGAUUUGGAGAAUCCAAGUCUUCAUUUAGCUACAACCAUCAAUGAUAGUGAGAAGGAACAUGAGACGUGCUUCACCACUAUUUCUGGUUACAUUAGUUCUUGGGUUUUGCUUUGCUACAUAUAAUCUUGUAACAAUUGUAAUGCACAAUAGAUCUAUUUCAAAAUGGAUGGUAGAUGACUCCAAUGGUGGGAUAUUUUUUGAUCCUGUCAUUGGGAGGCCUGAAAAUAUGAGCAAACCAAAGAAUGCCAAACUGCCUUUCCAUGUUGCCUUAACAGCUACUGAUGCUCCAUACAGCAAAUGGCAGUGUCGCAUUAUGUACUAUUGGUAUAAGAAGCAGAAGGACUUGCCUGGGUCAGAGAUGGGAGGUUUCACGCGUAUUUUACACUCUGGAAGUCCUGACAACUUGAUGGAUGAGAUUCCUACUAUUAUAGUAGAUCCUCUUCCGGCAGGGCUGGAUCGAGGAUACAUUGUCUUAAAUAGACCAUGGGCUUUUGUGCAGUGGCUGGAAAAAGCUACAAUUGAGGAAGAAUAUAUAUUGAUGGCGGAGCCUGAUCACAUAUUUGUCACCCCCCUGCCUAAUCUGGCACAUGGAGGAUACCCAGCAGCAUUUCCCUUUUUCUACAUUAAACCGGCUCAGAAUGAAAAAUUGUUAAGGAAGUUUUUCCCAGAGGAGAUGGGACCUGUAACAAAUAUUGAUCCAAUUGGCAAUUCGCCUGUCAUUAUCAAGAAGGAUUUACUGGAAAAAAUUUCUCCUACUUGGAUGAAUGUUUCUUUAAAAAUGAAGGAUGACCCGGAGACCGAUAAAGCUUUUGGAUGGGUGCUAGAAAUGUAUGCUUACGCUGUGGCAUCUGCUUUGCAUGGUGUGCAACAUAUUCUUCGGAAGGACUUCAUGCUGCAGCCGCCAUGGGAUCUAGAAAUAGGGAAAAAGUUCAUAAUUCAUUACACCUAUGGAUGUGACUAUAACAUGAAGGGUGAGUUAACAUAUGGUAAACUUGGUGAAUGGCGAUUUGACAAGAGAUCGUUUCUUCGUGGACCGCCACCACGAAAUCUCCCCUUGCCUCCUUCAGGGGUUCCGGAAAGUGUGGUGACCCUUGUGAAGAUGGUGAAUGAAGCAACUGCAAACAUUCCCAAUUGGGACACAGAAUAAAUAUGGUAUAUGAUGAAGGGUGGAGGAAUAACACAUGGAAAAUUUAUUUGGGAUAGAGGAAAUUUUUUAUCUAUCUUGACUCUAGAAAAUUGAUGUACAAAUGCCUCAGGUCAAUUGUUUUAAAGCAAUAGAUAGAACAGUUGAAUAUCAUCUAUAAUCAACAAGAGAAAAAGGUAACAAGCAAGAUAAUGUGAUUGAA